CGGCGCAGUUGGAGGGUCAGUGCUAUCGGUGUUAGGGCGUACGUUCGUUUGUGCUUUCAGAAAAUGGGACUUUUGAGCGAAGGAUCACCGCUUAGCUGGCCAGAGACGAAGAAAUUAGCGGAUCACGUAAGAGAACAUGCUGCUAUACAGUUUAUAAACUUGUACAAGCGCCUUAAAGACCGCGAGAACGACUGUUUGAAGUGGGGCGACGAAGUCGAGUACAUGUUGAUCGAGUUCGAUCACGUCAACAGGAAGGCGCGUGUGAAAUUACGUGCCAAAGAAAUCCUCGCCAUUCUUCAGAAAAAGGAGCUGGAAGACCCAAAGCACGUGAAGUCGCUUUGGCGACCGGAAUUUGGUGCUUACAUGAUUGAAGGAACCCCGGGUCGGCCGUACGGGAGCCUCAUUUCCCACUUCAACAUUGUGGAAGCCAACAUGAAAGCUCGACGCGAGGAAGUGGCGGCAUUGCUGCACGAAAAUGAGGAACUGAUCUGCUUAACGUCCUUCCCCAUGCUCGGCUGCCCCGACUUCACGUCUCCACCCUCGACGCCUAGUCCGAAAGACAGCAAUCUUCGCUCCCUCUUCUUCACGGACGAAGCCGCAUACUCGGGCCACCCGCGAUUUCACACCCUUGCACGCAAUGUCCGAGAGCGAAGGGGCAAGAAGGUAGUCAUCAACAUUCCUAUUUUUAAGGACACCAACACUCCUCGCCCAUUCAUUGAAGAUUUUUCCAAAUUGGGAGACGACGGAGAAGCAGCAAAGGCUGCGCUGCCUGACCACGUCUACAUGGAUGCUAUGGGAUUUGGAAUGGGCAACUGCUGCCUUCAGCUGACAUUCCAGGCGUGCAACAUUCAGGAAGCGAGGGUACUGUACGACCAGCUGGCCCCCAUGGCUGGAAUCAUGCUCGCCUUAAGUGCUGCUUCGCCAGCGUACAGGGGCUUCCUCACGGACAACGACUGUCGGUGGAAUGUCAUCGCCGCCUCCGUUGAUGACAGGACAGACGAAGAAAUGGGUCUCAAACCCCUCUCGGAAAACAAGUUUGUCAUAAACAAGUCUAGGUACGCCAGUAUAGACUGUUACAUAUCUCAGUUAGGAGCAAAAUAUAAUGACAUUAAGGUUGUGUACGACGAGCAGAUAUACCAGACACUACUGGAGGGGGGCAUCGACCACCUCCUAGCUCAACACGUAGCUCACAUUCUAAUAAGGGAUUCCAUUAGCCUGUUCAGUGAAAAGGUCGACCAGAACGACGAGGAAGACACGGAUCAUUUCGAGAAUCUCCAGUCGACCAACUGGCAUUCCAUGAGGUUCAAGCCUCCCCCUCCGAACACGAGCAUCGGAUGGCGCGUGGAGUUCCGGACGCCAGAAAUCCAGAUGACCGAGUUUGAAAAUGCCGCCUACGUUGUGUUUGUGGUGCUGCUCACUCGCGUUAUUCUUUCGUAUCGCCUCAACUUUCUCAUUCCAAUCUCGAAGGCCGACGAAAACAUGGAAGCGGCUCAGAAGCGAGACGCCGUGCGCAAGGGAAAGUUCUGGUUUCGUCGAGACAUUCUCACGUGCAACAGCCCUCCCAUCUUGCCACCCGGCAUGGCAUCUCCGCCAGUGGGCGCCGCCGUAGCCCAGCAGUUUCUCACGCAGAUGACCAUCAACGAAAUCAUUAACGGCAAGGAAGGCGAGUUUCCGGGCCUCAUUCCAAUGAUAAGAACGUUUGUUUCGAGCAUGGACGUGGACGUGGACACUCAGUGCACGAUUCAGCAGUACCUGAACCUCAUUCAGAAGCGUGCCUCGGGUGAGCUGAUGACAACGGCACGUUGGAUUCGGUCGUUCAUAAUGUCGCACCCAGAUUACAAACACGAUUCUGUGGUGAGUGACGGGAUCAACUACGACCUCUUGGUGCGCAUGAGUCGUAUACAAAAGGGGUACAUCGGUUGUCCGGAACUUUUCGGUACUUCCGUCAGCAAGACUAAUGAUCGCGUCCCCAGUGCUAUUCUGAAAGCCUCUGGUGCGCAAACUCCGCAGAGUGUUGAGUAGAGGACAUCUUGGAAUGUUUCGAUUUUUAUUUCGUGACCACAACACAAUGCACACCAGGGCUGCUAAUCGUUGACACAACAGACCGCUCAGGCUCACCGUGAAGCACGAAUACAUGUCGGGUUUUGAAAAAAAAAGUGAUUUUUUUCCCUUCGACCAUUUGAUUGUGGACCAUUAAAAUGCAACAUAUUGAUCGUGGGUAGAUAAGCUUUGCUCCACUAAUCCCACCUGACUAGUCAGCUGUUAUGUUUGGUGUCAAAUGUUUAAACAGAUCUAUUAUUUCGCAAAUUGUUAGUGUAUAUAGUAGUCACAUUGGUACUUAUUUUAGUGACACUGAAGAUAUUGAUUAAAGCCACACUGAUUGUUAAAAUAAAAAAAUAUUUUAUACGUU